CUAGAUCUGAAUCGGAGAAAUCUUUGUGGAUCAUUCUCAAUUUCGAGCGUGAAGAGCAACGGGUACCAGGAACCAGAAGGCGAUGAAGAGCUCACGGUUCCAAUCCAUUGGUCAGAACCAUCUAAAGCAUUUGGUUCACAAGCCGGUAGAGAGGGAGGACGCCACCAGCCGGAAGAAGAAGGCCGUCACUGAAGAAUCCGGGCAAUUGUGCACUCUUCCCGCUUGGAAGCAAAAGGUUGGCCGGUUCGUGUGCUCUGUCGCGACGUUAGUCUUGCUAUCUCGUAUUCUCGAGUAGGCCAUUCAGACUCAUCCAGAGAUGUGGAACAUGUAGAUCUUUGCAACCGACGUUCCACGUACCAAUUAUUGAGAGCAUAGACACUUUCGCACAGAUGCAAAACGGAGUCGUUAUUGGAGAGCUAGUUGUGUAUAUACCCCCAAGUGCACUUGGUUCAUCCAAGCCGCAGAGAAUGCAGGGACAACUCUGUGGACCAUAAAAUAAUACCAGAGGU